AUGGGGGAAUAUGAGCCGAAAAUUGAAGUCCAUUUUCCAUACACUCUUACAGCUGCUAAGGGAUCUACUGUUAAGAUGGAGUGCUUUGCACUUGGCAACCCAGUUCCAACAAUCUCAUGGAGGAAAGUGAAUGGCCCCAAUCCAAGCAAAGCCCGACUGCGGAAGUCCCAAGCGGUUCUUGAAAUUCCAAAUGUGCAGCUGGAAGAUGCAGGGACGUAUGAAUGUAAGGCUGAAAACUCACGGGGAAGGAAUGUCUUCAGAGGACAGCUGCAAGUAUACACAUACCCACAUUGGGUGGAGAGGCUUAAUGAUACCCAGUUAGACAGUGGAGAUCAGCUCCGAUGGGAAUGCAAAGCUACUGGGAAGCCAAGACCCACCUAUCGAUGGCUGAGAAAUGGAACACCUCUCUGGCCAGAGAGCAGGAUUGAGAUGGUUAAUGGUGUACUGCUGAUCCACAGUGUCAAUCAGUCUGAUGCUGGAAUGUACCAGUGCGUAGCCGAAAACAAGCACGGAGCCAUUUACACCAGCGCCGAGUUGAGGAUUUUGGCUUUGGCUCCAACUUUUCCCCCAAGCCAACUGAAGAAAACAAUCAUUAUAACCAGGGGCCAAGAAGUUGCCAUCGAGUGCAAACCACAAGCUUCCCCCAAACCCGUCAUCUCAUGGAAGAAAGGAGACAAAGCCGUGAGAGAGAAUAAAAGGAUAACUGUUCUUCCAGAUGGGAGCCUCAGAAUCCUGAAUUCCACCAAAUCCGACGAGGGAAGAUAUGUAUGCCGAGGCGAAAACGUAUUUGGUUCUGCAGAAAUAGUUGCUUCAGUUUUUGUUAAAGAGCCUACCAAGAUAGACCUGUCUCCUAAAAGGACCGAGCUGACAGUGGGGGAGAGCAUUGUCCUCAGCUGCAAAGCCAUUCAUGACCCCACCUUAGAUGUCAUGUUCCACUGGAUUCUGAAUGGGCAGCCUAUCGAUUUUGAGAAAGAAGGGGGACACUUUGAAAGCAUCAGGGCGCAAGCGUCCUCUGCAGAUUUAAUGAUCAGGAACAUUCUUCUGAUGCAUGCUGGGAGAUAUGGCUGCAGGGUACAGACCACAGCAGACAGUAUAUCAGAUGAGGCAGAACUUCUUGUGAGGGGUCCACCUGGGCCUCCAGGGAUUGUGAUUGUUGAGGAGAUCACGGAGACCACAGCAACACUUUCAUGGACUCCAGGGGUGGACAACCACAGUCCUAUCACUUCCUACAAUCUUCAAGCACGGAGUCCAUUUUCACUUGGCUGGCAGACAGUGAAAACAGUUCCAGAAAACAUCAAUGGUGACAUGGAGUCUGCCAUGGCUGUCGAACUGAACCCGUGGGUGGAAUAUGAAUUUAGAGUUGUCGCAACCAACAAAAUUGGGACUGGAGAUCCAAGCGCGCCCUCUCGAGUGAUCCGGACCAAGGAAGCAGUUCCAAAGACAGCUCCUGCUAAUGUAAGUGGCAGAAGUGGAAGAAGGCAUGAAUUAGUAAUAGCAUGGGAGCCAGUUUCUGAAGAGUUCCAGAAUGGAGAAAGCUUUGGGUACAUAGUAGCCUUCCGGCCCAAUGGGACAAGAGGCUGGAAGGAAAAAAUGGUAACCUCUUCCGAUGCUUCCAAGUUCAUCUACAGAGACGAGAGUGUGCCUCCUCUGACUCCAUUCGAAGUGAAAGUUGGUGCUUACAACAACAAAGGAGAUGGACCAUUCAGUCCUAUCGUAGUCAUUUGUUCUGCAGAGGGAGAACCCAGCGCUGCUCCAACUGAUGUCCAGGCUACAGGACUGUCUGUUUCAGAGAUUCUUGUUGCGUGGAGACAUAGCAAAGAAAGCCUGGGAAGACCUCAGGGAUUUGAGGUUGGUUACUGGAAAGAUAUGGAACAAGAGGAAGCAGCUGAAAAGACCAGGACAGAAGGAAAUGAGUCAUCCAUCAUUCUGACAGGCCUUGAAGGCAACACAUUAUACCACCUGAGAGUGAAGGCGUACAACUCAGCGGGGUAUGGGCCACCCAGCAGCGCCGUCCGUGCCACCACCAAGAAAUCUCCUCCUAGCCAAGCGCCAAGCAACAUUAUGUGGAUACAAGAUGGCCCCCACGUUUCCUUGGGAUGGGAACCAGUUAAACCUUUAGCUAAUGAAUCAGAUGUCAUGGGAUACAAGUUUUUCUUCCAGCAUAUUGAGCAAAGUCCUGGGGGUCUUGGUCAGCUUGUUAUUCUAAAGGAAUGUUUAAAUCCUGAUGUUGCAGCCAGAAUCAAAGGGGAUCCAGUCAAGUGGAAAAGUCACAAGUUCUCAGUCAAGCCUACGUGCUUUCUCUACUUCGUCAUCAACUGUAACAUUCCUUUUGGUACUAAUGGUCCCGUCGACCUCAUGGUGAAGACAGACUGUGGACCUUUUCCUCAUUCAUCGUUCUGA